AGCAAAAAACAAUAGCAAAUGAUCUUUUUCGUCUAAUAGAUAGUAUACAAAUCUCUUCAACAAAAAAUAGUCAAGAAUGUUAUAAUGAUAAUGAAAAUUUUAGUGAUUCAACAAUUACAGAAAUUACAGAAAUUUCGAAAAUUCUAAUUAAUGAUAUUGAAAAUAUAGAUCCCCACUCUAUUCAUAGACGUAAUACUACAAGAGUCCAUAAUAAAUGUUGA